UGGACGAAUAUUUCACAGACAUCUCACUGUCGCACAAAAAGCAAAAUGCUUGAUCAUAUCAGAUGAAAUGUUAUCAUUGGCUUACUAAAUGGUGUCCUCACUAUGAGAUCAUGAUCUGCCGCCAGCCGUUCCGGAACAUAACCUCCCAUGCUGAAACUCAUCAUGACGGCAACAAACCGCUACAAUAACGAACGUAGAAUUCAUUAUUUAUAACCGCAACAUAACUAACUAUGCGUCAAAUUAUCUUUUCACCAAAACCACAGUUCUUCUCCCCAUCGUCUUCUAUAGCAAUUCCAAAGGUAGUAACGAAGACAAUGACCGACCAAGACAACUACAGCGACAUUCAGCAGGAAGUCCCCGCGGACGCUGAUAUGGAGAAAGACCCGGAAAACGUGUACCGGGGCCACAAAGCCACCAUCAGUAACCCACGGACUUCGCAAGCCGCGAAAGAGCAUUCCCGAAAAGUUCUAGAGAGCGAGACUGGCGAGCCCACCGAUGCUUCGAACAACGUUCGCGGAGUCGCCCCAGGCGCGGAGGCGCAGGGAGAGCAGAAAGAUCCGGCUAACGUGUAAGUUUUGCCUGAACCAUAUUGAGUAGAUAGUGAGAUUGGGAAGCUAAGAUGUCAUUGUUAUUAAUGUGCGUGGGUUAAAGGCCAGUAUCAACAACCAGAAUGUGUCUGAUGAAGCUAGGGAGAAAGCAAAGGAAAAAUUGAGUGAUCUUGAGGCUUGAAGAGAGAGUUGGCCAUUAAAAGCGUUGCCAGGGAUUGGUUGUAAUGUUCGCUCAUUAUAGUGCUCGUUAAUUGAUGCUAUUUCCAUGUAUAAAUAUGAACGUGAAUACAGUGAUGAAAUUU